GGGGCGGGCGGCUGCCAAGUCGGCCAAUAGGCGGCUCUCUGGUGGCUGAGAGGAGAGGGCAGGGGCGCAGUCAGUAGCACCACCGCCUUCCAAGUUUCCCCUCGUGGAUGCGCGGCCCCGCGGCUCUGCUCCUCCCGGCACAGAGGGGCCGGGAGAGGCCAUAGGAGUGGACCCAGGACGGGAUUUCUGAGGAACGGGAGAAAACUGGCGCUCGACCCGCUCUGGAGGGUCGGUGAACGAUGAAGGGCCGGCGGCGGCGACGCCGAGAGUACUGCAAGUUCGCGCUGCUGUUGGUGCUGUACACGCUGGUGCUGUUGCUCGUCCCCUCCGUACUGGACGGCGGCCGCGACGGGGACAAGGGCGGCGGGCACUGCCCUGGCCUGCAGCGCAGCCUGGGAGUGUGGAGCCUGGAGGCAGCGGCGGCCGGCGAACGCGAGCAGGGCGGAGAGGCGCGGGCAGCCGCGGAACGGGGCGCGAGCCAGUCCCCUCGGUCCCCAAGCAACCUCAGCAGCGCUGUCGGGGAGACGGUGUCUCGCGAGAAGCAGCACAUCUACGUGCAUGCCACCUGGCGCACCGGCUCGUCCUUCCUGGGCGAACUCUUUAACCAGCACCCAGACGUUUUCUACUUAUAUGAGCCUAUGUGGCAUCUAUGGCAGGCGCUGUAUCCGGGCGAUGCCGAGAGCCUGCAGGGCGCGCUGCGCGACAUGCUGCGUUCGCUCUUCCGCUGCGACUUCUCCGUGCUGCGGCUGUACGCGCCGCCGGGGGACCCCGCUGCGCGCGCCCCGGACACGGCCAAUCUUACCACGGCCGCCCUCUUCCGCUGGCGGACUAACAAGGUCAUCUGCUCGCCGCCACUGUGUCCUGGCGCGCCCCGUGCCCGAGCCGAGGUGGGCCUCGUCGAGGACACCGCCUGCGAGCGCAGCUGCCCACCCGUGGCGAUACGCGCCCUGGAGGCCGAGUGCCGAAAGUACCCUGUGGUGGUCAUCAAGGACGUGCGCCUGCUCGAUCUGGGCGUGCUGGUGCCCCUGUUGCGUGACCCAGGCCUCAACCUGAAGGUGGUGCAGCUUUUCCGAGACCCGAGGGCGGUGCACAACUCGCGCCUCAAGUCUAGGCAGGGACUGCUGCGCGAGAGCAUCCAGGUGCUGCGCACCCGCCAGAGGGGCGACCGCUUCCACCGUGUGCUGCUGGCGCACGGCGUAGGUGCUCGCCCCGGGGGCCAGUCUCGCGCGCUGCCCGCCGCACCGCGCGCCGAUUUCUUCCUGACCGGUGCGCUCGAGGUGAUCUGCGAAGCCUGGCUGCGGGAUCUACUUUUCGCGCGCGGUGCGCCCGCCUGGCUGCGGCGCCGCUACCUGAGGCUGCGCUAUGAGGACCUGGUGCGGCAGCCACGCGCCCAGCUGCGCCGCCUGCUGCGCUUCUCCGGGCUGCGCGCGCUCGCAGCGCUCGACGCCUUUGCGCUCAACAUGACUCGCGGCGCGGCCUAUGGCGCCGACCGGCCCUUCCACCUGUCAGCGCGCGACGCCCGCGAGGCGGUGCACGCCUGGCGUGAGCGCCUGAGCCGUGAGCAGGUGCGCCAGGUGGAGGCCGCCUGCGCUCCAGCCAUGCGUCUGCUCGCCUACCCUCGCAGCGGAGAGGAGGGCGACGCGGAGUCGCCCAGGGACGGGGAGACGCCGCUGGAGAUGGAUGCCGAUGGCACCACGUAGCCUCCCAUCCCUGUCCCCGGCACGGAUCCGGGUAAG